AAGUUUCGAAUGUCAACACAGAGUAACCCAGGGAGCCAAUCUUUGGACUAAUAUUUGAGUGUCAAAUCGUUAUAUGCCACUUUGUAUAGACGAAUGGUUUUUUUUUUUUACGAUAAAGAAUCGGGAGAUGUAACGCAAGAAAUCACUGACGGUGUCGAUGAUUUUUCUCUCACUCUUCCCCCUUGGUACGCCAUUCAUGUUGGUCGGUUUCCAGGGCAUGCAGUGACAGAACAUUUUCUAGACAAUGUGGAUAGGAUAAAUGGCGGUGAAUACAGUGUUCUGUUGGUCGCAUUUAUCAUGAUUUUUAUCUGAAGUGUAUGAAUUGUACAAAAUAUUUCGAUGCACUUUUUCUGCGCAUAUCGCCAUGAAUCGAUAUUCUCUGUGGUAAAGUUUAUUUACUUAAAAAUUGUGUUGGGUUAUAUAGUGUGUUUUAUACCGGGGAUUUAAAUAAGAGGGUUUAAAAUAAGAAAUUUACGUCACGGAGUAAACACUUGGUAUUCCCCGAGUACGACGAGGAAGUUUGGUCGUUUUCCGAGGUACUAACAAAAGUUAUCUGUCCUCUCUCGCAAAACAAAACACACACGUUACACUAUGAGGAACCAUAUUAAAACCGACACAUAAAAGUUCUCUGACAAUGGCGACUCUCUGAAACAGAAAUACAUUAGAAAGUAACAGACUACUUUCGUUUUCCUCCACAAUGUCAUACCCUGUAGAACAGUUGAUUAGUGAGUGUAAGAAUGUGCCUCUCCAUGCCCUGAACAUGGCGGUGAGAAACAAACUGGGAACUUUCUUAGACCCAGAGGGUUUUGUUAUGGGCGACUACUCUAACGAUUACCAGGGAUUAGCUGAAGUUAUCGGCUUCGAAUUUCAAGACAUUAAAAAUUUUCAAAGACAGAAAAAGCCCACACAAGAAGUGCUUUAUCAGUGGGGAACAAAACCAGAACUCUCACCCACCGUGGACAAUUUCAUUAAACAUUUGCAGACGAUAGGGAGAGUUGAUGACGUCCUCACCGAGUGUGCCCACCUUAUCAAUAAUGCCCCUUCAAAGGAAUACAGUGAGACAAAGAUACACCUUUAUCUGUUUUGCAGAAAAAGACGUGGCUCGCUACAAGGAGUGCCAUAAAGAUAUUCCGAUAAGCAGCGACAUGAUUCAGGACCCCAGGAUAUCAUCCGGUCCCAACAGACCGUCUGCAGACCAAAUGGCUCCCAAAGACUACUCCGUUGUUUCGAUCCAGGAUGUGAAGACCAAAGGAAGUGACACAAUAUAUUACGAUGCGUUUGUAAUCUACAAUCCUGCCGGGUGCGACUUGGAUUUCGUGAAGGAGAUGGCAGAUAAACUGGAAAGCCCGCCCUACAGCCUGAAACUCUUUAUACCAUGGAGGGACGACUUGCCCGGAACAUCUCGUCAUGAAAUCAGUGCACAUAUGAUCGCAACGAGAUGUCGGAGGACAUUGGUCAUUUUGUCCAAAGAUUUCCUACGAAGCGCUGCCGCGGACUUUCAAUUAAAAUUUGCUCAUUGUCUCUCACCAGGUGCGCGAAGUAAAAAAGUGGUACCAGUGUUCUCGGCACCGUGUCAGAUGCCGAAUAUCUUAAAAUCAGUGUCUUUUGUGGACUUCACGAACCCAGGACUCCGUGACUGGAACUGGCCACGCCUUAACGCCGUUCUGCAAUGUCCGCUGGAGCCAGAUCCUUUGGCUUAUAUGAGCGAGAAGGAACUAGAAGAACUGAAGUUGAACGCUGGAGAUUUAACUACAAGAAGCUGGUGGUCCACGGGAGUCCUUACCAUGAAUUUUCCAGAGGAAUCAGAAGAUGACACGCCGUAUAACGGAUGAAGAAAACUCUCGAGGACUUUCUCGGUGCUGCAGGUAUAUCCUUUUGGAAUACCAUCGGUUGUGUAGUCUGCAAAACGACGAUAAUGUCUGUGAUGGUUUGGGACAAUCAAGAACGACUUAUGUAUGUCUUUUUCACGAUAGAUAAUGAUGCUCAUAAUGAAGUUUAGAAUAAGUUUAUCAUUUUCCCUUCGAUGUUUUGGUGUUUUAUUCAUUUAUCGAAGUAUAUACAUGUACAGGGUUUGACAUUUCCUUUAUGGUAGUGAUUGAAAAUUUUGUACUUGCAACAAGUCAGUUGAAUAAAGUUGCGAAAAAGAGGA